AAUUUAAGCAAUGCGCAAAAUGCACCACCACCUCGGUAUGGAUACUUUAAUAUGGUGCCGUGGUCUAUACUCGACAAUCACAUUACUGGAGAGAAUUGUGAUUCCAUUUGGCCCAGAAGGCAAGAAAAAGGCAACACUACAAGAGCAGAACAAAUACUUUGCAAGAGAUCUGGAACUCUUAAAAUCUUGAUAAAACCAUGUUGUUUUGUAUUCGCACACCCUUGUCCUACCCAAAAAGUUAGGAGGACAAUUGAAAGUCAUAAAUCCAUGUCUCAGAUAUCAAAAUGUGAAGGACAAGAUAAAGCACUUUGCAAAAAUAAACUUGUGGUAGUUGAUAUAUUUGUAAAUGAGUCUAACUGUUAUUAUCUUGCACUUUCAUUACUAAUGGGAGAUUCUUUAGAAGAGGUUAAAUUGAACCAUGAAAAAGAUAAAUUGUUCUGA